AUGACAGGCCGAGAUCUGUCGCUAUUGCGCAAGCGUGGAGGCCGAAGCGCACGCAUGAACAACGACGCCGAAGAGGAAGAACCGCUACUGGCUCAGCAUCGUCAUCAUCUGCCGCAGCAGCAGAAAGCGCGACCCCGGCAGGAUGAAAACGACCCGCCGAAAGCGCUGACCCUGCUGCACGAAGUGGACAAGGCCAUCACCUCGGGCUACCAGCUUCCUGGACAUCACGAGCUUCAACAUGCCUCGGCCGACCUACCUAAGGCGUCAUCGACGAUCCCACUCAUCCAGCAGCCUGCCGAACCUGCCCAAGUCGCCCCGAUGCCGACCUUGGAUGGAUGCCGACAGGGCUUGUUGGACAACAACGUCGAUGCUCAGAUGACAGCAGCACCAGCCGGCCAAGGCAAGAGACCUUCCUUUUGCGAACCUUGCCGACAGGCGAGAGCGGCCCCUAACUACGCCGCACGCGUCGGCGCCCUCCUGGACAUGCUGUACUGCUCCGCAUGUCAAGAAAUGCAUGCCGCCUUCUUCUUCUCGGAGUCUCAGCGCAAGGAAUCGGGCUUGAGCCGCAAGUGUAUCAGCCAUCAAGGCUACUGCACUGUCUGCCCCCAUGUCAGAGUUUCUCUCGCAGACGUUCGGGAUCUGGUCCAAAGCAAGGACGGGAGCCACACGCUUCGAUGCGAAGAUCCCCUGUGUCCAGUCCUCGACGCGAAAAUUCUAUGCGAGGCCGGGCCCGGGGUCGGGGCCGCGCGUGAUACAGUUUCCAUCGAAUGGUCUGCAUCUCUCGACGAAGACACCACAGGCACUUUCUGGGAACGUUGCUUAGCCAAGCUCCAACGACUCCACGAAUCUUGUCCCGUGGUGUUCUGUCCACAUCUGCAAACCACUCCCAGUCGAUUAUGCCGCUUGGACAGGUUUGAAGACUGCAAACAUCUCUAUUUGCCAGGAUCGCGGAGGCUUUUGUGUCGCGUUUGCGACGCCGCAAUAUACCUCGACUCACGGGCUGAAGACCCCGAGCUGACCAACUGCAAAUCCGGAAAGCAGGCUCAUGUUCCGAUCCGCCUGCACUGGCAGGUGUUUAUCCGGCGGCAUGGAGUCGCCGAAAAAUUGGCAGGCUGGCUCGAAACACUGGACCCAGACAGUUAUGGCCACUUUGCCGACCAAGAGACCAAGCACAUUACGUGGUGCGACGAGCGCGGGUGUGCCACGACGUUUGAAGGCCUCCAAAACGACGACUUCAUGAUACUGCCCGCAGUUGAGAAAUUUAUGGGCAGUCGCGGCGAUAUUCUGGCCCAAAUGGAAACACUUACCGAUUCCUCGUUUAAUUACUACUUCGAGGGAUGA